CUCGCAGCGACUUUGGCAUCCAGUAAUAAUGACAAGCUGACUAUGGCGCACCAAACCACGCAGGAAAACGAGUCAUUCUGCGAGGGACAUCGCUAAAAAUAAUUUAAAUCCUCUCAUACUUUUUUAAAAUUUCUUUCUUGGGAGUGCUGUCAAGUCCAGGGAACAGUUAACUACACUUAACGUCAAGUGGACGGAUACGUAAGCGGAAGAAGUUUCCGUUAGCACAGUACAGCAGUAGUUAGCUAGAGAAGUUAGCUUGACAAUUUGCUGAUUUCACGGUCAGGUAGCAGCGGGUAGGCUGCUGUCAUGCCCUGGGUGACACAAGAUUCACGGCAACGAGAAUAGACACUGGAUAGCUGAUUCAGUCAGCUCAGGCGCCCAGAGGCAGUUUGUACCAGAACCGAGGCGUAGGCAGGGCGGAGUGGACUAUCGAGCAGUGACAGGGCUGAGUUAACCCAACAGAGGUUUGAGCUUUCCUGCGUCGAUUAAGGCUUCAGCCAUCUGGAUUACUCAUUCAUACAUCCAGGUUUUUCUGCCGUGAUGACUUCGAACUGAGCCAUACUGAUGAUCGUGGAGCUGUAAACACAGCCUCAGAAAAAACAUCACUGAAUCCAGAUAACAAGGAGAAACAACCUUCUUCUUUGCCAAAAAGACUGCAGAAAUGCUGACUGACAGCAGGAAAAGACACCGUAGCUGCGACAGUGAGGAGGGCCAGCAGCUAAGUCCUCAGGCUAAAAAGUCAGGCGGGGGUUCAAGCCUGCUUGUGUCAGAUUUGGAUUCAGAGUCUUCCAGCAGCGACAGCAGUAAUGGGAUCAGUAGUCCAGAAAGAGCAAUAGUAGUCACCACCAGGCCGUGCAUACACAGCCAGAGCAACUGCAUCACCCAGAACUCCCUAAGCCCAAAGCCUGAAGAUGCUGCAGGCUCCUCACAGCGCGGUAUCCAUGGCGACAGCAGCAAUGUCUCCUACUACCACAUCAACAGAGUCCUGAGGGAGGCGCACUUCAGUAGUCUGCAGACCAGAGGGCGUCCGGGCUCGACAUGACCGAGACCCCUGUCCCCUCCCUGACCUUUUUCCCCUUCGGCCAUCAGCGCUGACAUCACCGGCAUGAUGGGUCCUCUUCAAAGCCUCAAAGCAACACCCUCGGGUCAGGGGGGAGGGGACGAUUGGUGGGGAGGUUUACAGAAUUUUUGGGCACAAAGGCUCAUCCCCACCUCGCCAUGUACCAUUUGUCAAGACCAUAAGCACAUCCGCCUUUCCAUGGCCCAGCCACUGUGGUUUUCUGUGCAGUAUUGAUGUGUAUGUGUGUUUUUGUGUGUGCGUGGGAGUGUGUUUGUGUGUGCACGCACUCUUUGCACUUUAUAGAGAGGUAUCAUUCUCUUUACAUGCGUGCGUCGAUGCGUGGACAUUUCCAUUGGUGCUAAUCACAAGGAAAGUGUGAUGAUCCAAAGUGCUCGCAAAAUGAAAUAAAGCUAAGCACUUUACUCAA